CACAUUAUCAACGAAACUUUAUUGUUUAUAUAUGUAGUUCUUGUUGCACGACUUUGGCAGAGAAAACGUUUUUACCUUUUCAAUUUCUAGAGAAAAUAAAAGUUAUACAAUAUGCCACCAAAAGGAGGAAAAGGAGGAGGGAAAAAGGCACCAGCAAUUAUUAUCGAUGGGGUCGACACGUCUGAGAUGACACGAGAGAAACUAGAGCAAUUUACACUCAAAGUAAAAGAAGAACUUGAUAAAGAAAGAGAAGAAAGAAAUUACUUUCAAUUGGAAAGAGAUAAAAUUAGAACAUUCUGGGAAAUAACUAGACAACAGCUAGAAGAAGCUAAAGCAGAAUUAAGAAAUAGAGAACGUGCUACUGAAGAGGCCCAAGAGGAAAAUGAAGCGCUUUUGGAAACAGAAAAGCAAAAGAUAAAACAUUUAAAAUAUGAACAGCAAGCAGCUGCAGCAGCUUUGAGGGCUGAAAAUUUGGUAGCUCUAAAAGCAGCGAAAGAAGAAUAUACCGAACAAGAGUUGGAGCUGCUGAAUGAUAAACGAACGCUAAGACAAGAAAUUAGAGAAAAGAUGUUAGCAGCUCAAGAUGAACUUCGACGCGCCAAGCUGAUGCAUGCCGAAGAACUAUCAAAAACUCGAUCAGAUUUUGAAGAGAGAGCUCGACAAAUUGAAGACAAAGCUGAAAGAAAGCUUCAAGAAACAAAGGUAGAGUUAACAAUAAAGCAUAGAACGGAAAUAGCAGAAGUUGAAGAAAGGAAGAAUAAACAACUCUCAGAGCUCAUUGCACAUCAUGAAAGGGCCUUUACGGAUUUGAAGAAUUAUUACAAUGACAUUACAUUAAAUAACUUAGGAUUGAUAAGCAGUCUGAAACAACAAAUGGAAGAUAUGCAAAAGGUAAAAGAAAGAUCUGAAAAAAUUGCAAGAGACGCUGUUGCAGAGAGUAAAAGUCUCCGAGAGCCUCUUGAAGCUGCAAUUAUAGACAACAAGGAAUUGAAACGUCAGAUGUCUAACUAUGAUAGAGAUAAAGCGGCUCUUGCUGCGAAAACGAAACAAUUAGCCUCACUGGAAAAGCAAUUCGAGGUUUUGAAAUGGGAAUAUGAAGUUUUACAAGUUCGAUUCGAUAGAAUACUAUCGGAAAGAGAUGAAUUAAAAGCGAGGUUCUCAAGAGCAGUAUUAGAAGUGCAACAAAGAGCAUCCUUAAAAACAGCCUUAUUGGAAACGAAGUUGAAAAAUGUGGAGGCACGAGAUAUGGGGCCCAGGGAAAUACAUGAACUUCUGAAACUCAAAGAUACACAGGUAGAAGAUCUCCGAUAUGAAGCAGCAAGACUACGAAAAGCUCACGACGAUUUGCUGGCUACGUAUGAAGCAAAGCUGGCAAAGCUGGGUGUACCGACUGAAGAACUUGGAUUUAAACCUUUGAAAGCAGUUGCUGUCGCCGGAUUAUCUCCAGUUAUUGGUCAGGGUCCUGCCGGAUUGGUCACCAAAGACCAAAUCUAAUUAUUUAAAUAAAUAAAUAUAUCAAUCACUGUUUAAAU